AUGACUUCUUACAGCUAUGGCCAGUUGUCUGCCUCCUUGUCCUUCGGGGGUCUGGGCGAUGGCACCGUAUGCUUCCGGGUGGGAGGCGUCUUCUGUGCGCCCAGCAUCCACGGGGGCUCUGGUGAACACGGUGUGUCGGUGUCCUCAGCCCGCUUCGUGUCCUCGUCCUCCUCUGGGGGCUACGGUGGCAGCUAUAUAGGCGCCCUGCCCGGGUCCGAUGGGCUGCUGGUGGGCAACAAGAAGGUGGCCAUGCAGAACCUCAACGACCGCCUGGCCUCCUACCUUGAUAAGGUGCACCGCCUGGAGGUGGCUAAUGGUGACCUAGAGGUGAAGAUCCAUGACUGGUACCAGAAGCAGGGUCCCGGCCCCGCGAGAGAUUACAGCCACUGCUACAAGACCAUUGAGGAGCUGUGGGACAAGAUACUUGGUGCCACCAUUAAGAACUCCAGGAUUGUCCUACAGAUUACAAUGCAUGUCCGGCUGCGGAUGACUUUCCAAACCAAGUUCGAGAUGGAGCCGGCCCUGCACAUGAGCGUGGAGGCCGACACCAAAAGCCUGCGCAGGGUGCUGGAUGAGCUGACCCUGGCCACAGCCGACCAGGAGAUGCAGAUCGAAGGCCAAGAAGAGCUGGCCUACCUCCGGAAGAACCAUGAGGAGGAAAUCAGUGCUCUACUUUUCUACAGAAACAUUGAAGGGUAUGAAUGGAUCAGUAACAGCCCCUCAGCAGAGGUGGGAGGACAGCAAGAAGCACCUGCCUUGUGUGGCACUGGGCCCCGCCCUUAG